GUUGCACGUAACACUGCAAGGUUUGCGCGGCGUGAUGAGUUUAUCACUUGUAUAUUUGUAUAUGUAGCUACUAGAUGUCGAUGAAACACGCGAGAUGGUUGUUAACUUCUUAAAAGAGUUUUGUCGUGUUGUCUUACCUCUUGUCCGACGAACGCCUUCACUGGGAAAGCAUUUGAUCGGACUUUCGCGGAGCAGCACAUCUGUGAAUCACAGGAAACUGGUUAGAAACGGCGAGGAGAAGAAAUCAGUGAUCUGGAUAGAGGGAAAUAUUGCAAGUGGAAAGACAACAUGUCUGGAAUACUUCAGCAAAACCAGUGACAUUGAGGUGCUAACAGAGCCUGUGUCUAAAUGGAGAAAUGUACAAGGAUGCAAUCCAUUGGGAUUGAUGUACCAGGACCCAUCUAGAUGGGGACUCACUCUUCAGACAUAUGUCCAACUGACAAUGCUGGAUCGGCAUGUCUUACCAAUGUCAACACCAGUCAGAAUGAUGGAAAGAUCUAUUUACAGUGCAAAGUACAUUUUUGCGGAAAAUCUUUAUAAAAGUGGAAAGAUGCCCGAGGUGGACUUUGCUGUUUUAAGUGAAUGGUUUGAGUGGAUCAUAAAGAAUAUUGCUAUUCCUGUGGACCUUAUUGUUUACCUGCAGACCUCUCCACAGACCUGUUACGAGAGAUUAAAGCAGAGGUGCAGAGAGGAAGAGAAGGUUAUUCCACUGGAAUACCUAGAAUCAAUCCAUAACCUCUAUGAGGACUGGCUCAUUCAUCACAAGUCGUUUGAGGUUCCUGCUCCAGUUCUGGUAAUCCCAGCAGAUCAUGAUCUUAAGAAGAUGCUGCAUCAGUAUGAGGAGAACAGAGAGAAGAUACUUAUGGCACAUUGCUGAGCAAAUGAUCAGAGACAACGAUGACCAUAUCAAGCCAUAAAUAUGUCAGCUCAAAAGAUGAAGCAAGCACUUUUUUUAAAUUCAAAACUGGGUUUACAAACAUUCCUCCUGCAGUGGACAGUUGAUUUACAUAGUAGGAUUUGUAAAUUAGUGCAUAUGAUAAGUAUUUUAUUUAAAUGCUGACUUUUGAUGAUGAUUAUUAUUUUGUGUUUGCAUUUGCAGUCUUUGUAAACUUGUUUAAGCACUUAACAAGAGACAUAGUCUUUUUAUUUUUAUUUUUAGUGUUGUUUAUGGAAUCAUUCCAUAUUAUCUAAAACUACUGCACUUGGAAACAUUUCCAUUUUUUUCUUUGUCUGUAGAAAUUUUAAAUUCAGAAUGUCAAUUCCAGACCAUGCAAAUAUACUGUAUGUGAUUUAGCCUUGCAUUUUACAGUGAAGUCAUCAUUCUAGGGUCUUAAAGAUUCUUUUAUUUUCAUGAGUUGUGCAUCCUCCCACUUGCAGACAGUGACUCUAUCAAAUACAGGUACUGUGGUCAGUUUAUGUUACUGAAGGUGUUACUGUGACCAAUGUAAUUUAUACUGCAUAAGGCAUUGUUUUAAAUAAAAUGAAAA